AUGAUGGAGGCGCCACCGGUCCCAAUGAAGAGCCACGAGGAGAAGAACCUGUACGUUCCUCCCUCUCUCUCUCUCCGCCCCUUCCUACCUUGCUUUCCAUUUCAUUCUGCUUUCGACUACUUGGCCCCGCCGCACAUUGAGCAGAUCAAGGCGCUCUCACUAGUGACGGCGAUCAAGACGCCGUAUCUCCCGGACGGGCGGUUCGACAUCGACGCUUACGACUACCUGGUGCACCACCAGAUCGAGAACGGCACGGAGGCCAUCAUCGUGGGCGGCACGACGGGCGAGGGGCACCUCAUGAGCUGGGACGAGCACGUGAUGCUUAUCGCGCACACGGUGAACUGCUUCGGCGAUCAACUCAAGGUUAUUGGGAAUACCGGCAGUAACAGCACGGGCGAGGCGAUGCACGCGACGGAGCAGGGCUUCGCGGUGGGCAUGCACGCGGCUCUGCAGAUUAACCCGUACUACGGCAAGACCAGCGUCGACGGAAUCAUUCAACACUACAAGGCGGUGCUGCCGAUGGGCCCCGCGAUUAUCUACAACGUGCCGGGGCGCACGGGGACGGACCUGACGCCCGACGUGAUCGAGGAGCUCGCCCAGCACGAGAACUUCGCGGGCGUGAAGGAGUGCGUCGGGAACGACCGCGUGUCGACGCACACUAGCAAGGGCAUUGUCGUGUGGAGCGGCAACGACGACCAAUGCCAUGAUGCCAAGUGGAAGCACGGCGCGAAUGGUGUUAUUUCCGUUCUCAGCAACCUCGUCCCCGCAACCAUGUCCUGGCGCGUGCCGUUCCAGCCCGCCCCCUCUGUCUCUCACACCACCAUGCCUCUUCCCACCGCCCUUAAUGCCGCUCUCGUCCCCACUCCGCUCUCGCGCGGCAUGCCCACGCCGCCUCUCACCAUCCCCCUUCUUGCCCCUUCUACCUGGCUGGUGCACGAGAUGCUGACGACGGGUCCGCACCCCGAGCUGAACGCGAAACUCGCGCCGCUCACCAAGUGGCUGUUCCUCGAGCCCAACCCCAUUGGGCUCAGCACGGCGCUCUGCCAGCUCGGCCUCGUGCGGCCCGUGUUCCGCCUGCCGUACACGCCCUACAACGAGGCGCGGCGACGCGAGUUCGUGGAAAUUGUGAACAACAUCGGGCUGGAGCACUUCAUUGGCGCGAAGGAAGUGCGCGCGCUGAAGGAUGACGAUUUCCACCUCAUCACGCGCUUCUACUAG